GUUGUAAACAAAUCUAGUCUUCAUGUUAGCCGGUUCGAAGCCAUUGGUAUCAAAACGGAUUUCUUUCCUUGUUUAUGAGUCAAAAUCGAGAUUUUUCGGCUAUUAUAUCGAGUUUAUCAUGUGAUUUUAAACAUUGUGGUUUUAUGCUUGAUUACUUUACGAAGAGAUUUGAUAUGCUGGCGUUUUUUAUGUAAAUUUUACUGUAGUAUUGCUGCAAAAUCAUUCCACCUUCUGAGAAAGCGCACUUUGUCUUUUGUGAUGUUAGCAAGGGUGUCAUGCAGAGAUGCACACUAAAGUACUGCGCACGGUGAGACACUUGAAUAGAUCGACGGAAAAACACCUUGUGAGGUCUCGGCUUGAAACACCUCAAGCUUUUGUGACACCAUUAUGGGAAUGAGGCGAAGUUUUUGACAUGAGUGGCAAAGAAAAGACAGGAGUAGUUCACCGACCUAAUCGUGGAAGAAGUGCACCUGAUAGCAAAAGUAAAACAGACUCUGGGUGUUUCCUGGAUGAUGAGAUUGAAAGAAAUGGCAGUAGUGACAGCUCGCAUGGGUCCAUAAGCUCCUCACCAGUGAAGGAAAAAGCUUCAAAAAAGUGUAAAGCAGCAAAUAAAGAAAGUCAAGCAGAUACUGGUACUACAUUGGUGGCAUCUUCUGCGUCAACUGCUACUGAAGAAAAUUGUGCAAAUAGUCAUGUUGCUGGCAAGGAAAAUGCCAUGAAUGGAGAGAUAAUCACAAAUGGGGAAAAUGAAACUGUAGUUACAGAUAGUGUGGAUGGAGUUUCUGAUGUUCUUGAGAAAACCAGACGAGCCAGUGAUUUUUACUGCCUUUACUAUGGUGAGUCUCCAGAGGGUACAUUGACAACAAACGAUGCCAUUAAAUUGAGAGGGAAACCACCUGUUCCUCCCAAGCCUAAGAUAAGACGUGGCAGUGCCCCCCCUUCAAGUUUUAAUCACAUUGAUAGAGUUCUUACCGAAAAUAAAGACGUCACCAAGCGUUUCUCCUAUAAUGAAAGCCAAAGUGAGUACAAAGCUGUCAAUGGAGAGCAUGAGGAGAGCCAGGAAUGUGCAAAGAGAAACUCUGUUGAAACACGUGUUCUCUUUUUUGAAGCAUUUGCUAAAGAUGGAGCAAUUAAAAACACAGUUUUUAAAAAUGUACAGACUACAAAUGUCAAAGACUCACCUUGUGCUCUUGGAAGCAAAGAUUUUACGUCAGAAAGUUGCAGUGAUUCACACCUAGUUCUUAAUUGUCAAGACCAAGCUGAAAAUAUUGCCCCAUUAGCAGACAGUGAGACAUUUUCCUUGGAAAGUGACAAUGAUGAUUGUGAAUCUUUUAAUGUACAUCAGGGAGCUGUACAUUCACCACAGCAGUUUGUGCCUCUAGUUGAAGAAGAAGAAUUUGCCAUUGAUGGGAGCAGUUUUUUCCAGUCUUCGGUGAAUUCUUCUUUUGUCCAUGAAAAAUUCCAUGACAAUAGCAUUGAGAAUGAAAAAACAAGGCUUGAAUGUGUCAGUGAAGAUGAAAAAGUUGACAUUCAAGGACAGUUUGUACCUGAUGUAGAUCAUAAUGGUGACAAUGGUGCUGUUCAUGAAAUUGACCAUUCCUUCUCAACAACAGCAACCUCAACACCUGAACGGAAUGUUAUGGAAAGUUUAAAAUUUCCAGCAAGGGGAAGUGAUCUUUUAAGAACCACAGUAUCUGGCAAUGAUAUUCAAUUCAGUGACAAUAUUUGGUCCUUGCAUGAUUUUGUGCAGAUUGAACAACUGGGAACAGGCCCAGGUGGAAAGCUACAAAAUCCACGUGUGAAUGAACUCAAACAUGAAUUGUUGAUUUGUUCAAGGUCUUGUGACCAGAAGAAAGCGCAAAGACGCCCAGGGUCAAUUGCUGGUUUCCCAAACUGGAAAGAAGGUGAUACUACUUCUGAGUUGAAAAGGAGAUCGUGGUCAUUUAGUGAGCCAAGUCCUGUUGAUGUUGACUCUCCUUUUGUGCGCAAAAUUUACCAAGUUCCUGCACCCAAACUGACAAGGUCAUCAUGGUGUUCAGAGAGUGGUCUUUCCUCCCCAUUUGUUGGCACUGUUCGGCAACCAUUGCAGAGCCCUUCAACUGGAAGAAAAGUUUCCCACAGAAAAUUUGGGGAGGCUGAUCGCCGCACAGUAAGUGUAUCAAACCUGGAGUAUUCAGGUUACACCUCUGAUGACAGCAGUGUUCAUUCCGAACCUUUAUUUCAGCCAUUGAGGCAUCAACCACAUGGUCUUCGUAAUGGCCACAUUCCCAAAAGUAUGUCACUUGAUUCCAGCAUUUGUCUCACAGACAAUGAAAGCUCCUCUUUCCCUAAGGUUCAACGAAGGAGAGCAAGACAUUCCUUAGGGAGUCGUGAUCCUAUUAAUGCGCUGAAGAGACAAUCUAUUGAGUUUGCCACUGAUGAACAGCCACCUUUAUUUCGACCUGUUAGUCCUGCUCAGGUGUCACACCCAGAGACCCUGCGACGGGCUUCAUCUUACACAAGCUCUUCAAGUGAUUCAGAAGUUGAGAAAAUCUUCAAGCUGCCAAACUUCCCGACACAGGGUUACCAACAUCACACUAAUGGUACUAUUCAUGAUGGCUUGGUCAAAGCAGUGACUCGACGUAAAGUCAGUGCAAUGGAGGCUCUGUUUGGCCCUCAGUCUUCACGAAAUGGACAUAGCUCAGAUUCUGAGGUGUCUAGAAGAAAAACUCUUUCCGAGAGGUUUUCUGAAGUUUCACAAGCACCAAUAUCAGAAGGGGCAUUUAUCUCUGGGCAAUUUCAGAACGAAGAACUUGAAGGAAUAGUUUGUGAAAAUGAACCAAAGGAUGGUGGAGAACCAGGACUUGAGUUUGAUGAUACAGAUUACAGUGAGUUUUAUACUCGAUGCGAAGACAAAGACAGCUUAAUUUCAGCUGAAGCACUGAGCAUAAAAAAGCUCUUACAGUCUCCACAGACAGUGUCACCUGAUCCUGAAAUUGAAUCUGUGGUGAUGUCUAUUACUGAGAGGAAGUCAUCAAAGUCAACUUUAGAGGACAAGGAACCUCAUGAGAUUCAGACUGGAUUAUUUAAAAAUAACACAGCUUGUGUUGAUGAAACCGUUCCUGAGCAUGAAACAGCUGAACAAUUCUUCAGAAGACAUAGGGGUACUCAAACACCACCUCCAGCUGUGUUCAAAGCUUUGAAUCCACCACCUUCAGUUGCAACACAAACUUCUCUGGUGAACUUUCAACGAGAGCUACCUUCCUUGCUGUUACAAGAACUAGAGUUGCAGAUCAAGACACCAACAAUAAAGAGAGCAUCUCCCACACUAUCAACGUCACAGGAACAGAAUUUGUCAUUGCUGGACCAAUUCCAGCCAGUUGCAUCAUCUUCUGCUUAUGUCAAUGACACAGACAUGCUAGCCCCACCUCAGGAGAGUGAUAAGGCUGUGUCUGUGGAAGAGCUUCUACAGAUCCUAGCUGGUAUGCAAGUGGGUACCCCAAAGGAGACAGUACCUCGCAGACCUGUUUCUGUACAGAGGUAUAGCUGCCCAUCUCCUCAAAAUGACAAUAAAUGUGAAAGACUCAACAAAGCUCCAAAGAGUCUACCAAGCAGCUGGCAGCAUUUAAGUCGGCCUGCUGGCAAACAGAAUGACAAUAAUGGCUUCAAAAAGCCUAGUCAUGUUCCACCGAGGUCUUCUAAGAGCUACGACUGCUUGAGGCGUGGCCAUUCUGCUAGAGAGAGGCGUACCAAUGUGAUAGAAGCAAAGACACUGAGGCGUUCUGAAAGCAGUGAAAAUAUCCAUAAAAGCCUCAGAGAAUGGAGACUAAGAGCACAGGUUUUUGAAGAGGAGGUGGAGUGUCAGGAUAACAGGGAAGAUAAACUCAAGAAACUGAAAUGCAAGGAAGAAAAAGUUUUGAGAGUUUCUUUUGAGGGUAGUGAAUCAACAGAUAGCAUAGAAACACAAAGCAAGUUGACUAACACUCACAGCCUGAAAAGGCCACGGAAGGACAGAGCAUUUUCACAUAAGGAUAAAAAUCAAGCUGAUAAUGAAGGCUUUGAUGCAAAACAAAGUCUUUCAGCUCCAGAUACAAAGCAGGACAUGGCCACUGCUAAGGAGGCUGAACGCGGGGACAAUGAUUUAAAAGAAUCAGCUAGUAUCCAUGGAGAAAACUCAGGAAUUUUAGAAUUAACUACACCAGCUGAGGGCUUCCAGAAUAGAACUCAAGCAACACUGUGCCAUGAAGUAGCUAGUCCUGAAGGUAUUGACGUGUUCAUUGACUACAGAAAAAAGCAUGGAAUGCACAUUACAAGUACACCAAAACCUCUGCCAAACCGUGUACAAAAAGAGGAGGGGGUUGGUAAAAUAAUUUUCAAUGAACUUGAUGAUGCACAACCAGAAAAACCAGUGAUCACCUCCACAAAGGAGGACAAGCAUGCCAUUAGUGAUGUGGAAUCUCAAGGAGAUGCUUCAUCAUCAUCAUAUUCAUCAGAUGAUGAUCGCUUUGGAGAAUUUGGUGGCAGCACAGAAACAGUGGUCUUUGUAGACACAGAACCUUGCCCAGAGAUAUCAUUGGUGGGAACUGAUCUAGAGACUCUUGAUCUAAAUCUUGGUGGUCCAAAUGACAAACUUUUGUCCGUGAGUGAUAAUGAUGACAAGAAGGAUGAGACUCACCUAGAUGCUCUCCUAGGAGAAGUGCGUAGAUCUCUGAAUUUGGAAUUUGUGGACUCUGAUAUCCUGGAUAAAGCAAUUGACAGGUUUAAGAAGCGUGUUUCCCCAAGCUCCCAAAACAAGGCUCUGUCUGGAGGUCUAAGCAUGGAAGCCUAUGUCGCCCUACAUCAGGCUGAUGAACUGCAAGGAAUAAUCAGCGAAAUCAAGGGAGAGCUCAAACUGCUUCAUGAUGAAAAUGAUAUGUUACGUGAACAAGUCGUUAGUUUGGCAAAUCAACAGACUUCCGGAGAAGCGACUGAGAACAGCAGCACUGAGUCAUCUGAGAGACUGGAGAACAUCUGCCGACUGUACAGACCCAGGCAAGUUGAUACAGAUGACGAGGAACCAGUUGAAAUAGAUGUGUGUCUCAGAGGAUUUUCUGCUGUCCCUCUUGGUCGUGUUUCCUCCAAGAAAAAGGACAUCCACUUGGGAACUGUGACAGUAAACGGAGCAGACUGGAACGGAGUGAUGGAAGCUGCUAAGAAAACCUUUGUGGAUCACAUGAAGAAAAUCGACCCAGAGGACUACUUGUGUCUCGGUGCCCACAGCAUCCAAGGUGUUCAAACAGGGGUUGUUGUCUGGAGUCCAGGUUCUCAGCGGAGAAGGUCUCCUCGAGUAGAGUUGUCGAACAAAAGCAGUCCAUGUGUUAUCCAGCUCAAAGAUGGAAGCCAGUUCUCUUGUGAUUCUCUUGUUUAUGACACUCUGCUUCCGAAAGAGAUCAUGGAGAAUUAUGUAGAGCAGCUACUGGAACACAGAUGUAUAGUCCUGUGUGGACAACAAGGGCUAGGAAAAUCAUACUUGGCUUCUAAAUUGGCUGAACAUGUCGUUCAAAGGAUUGGAUGGAAGACAUCCCCCGCUGUAGUUACCUUCAAUGUCACCCAGACAACUCGAAAUGAAUUAAAACAAGGGCUUGCCCCUCUGAUGGAGGUCGACAUCUCCGGUUCUAAUGUGGACAAGCCAGCUGUCAUAAUACUGGAUCAGUUAAAUUGCUUAGCUUCCCUGGCUGAUACUUUUGACUUCUCACAGCUCGAGAAAAACAGCAAUUGUCCUUACAUAAUUGGUGUUCGAGACAAAAGCAGAAAAGGACCUUUCUCUUCAAAAGAGCUGAGUCUGUGUCAUUACUUUAGGUGGCUACGAGUGUCGGUAAACGACAGACAGUACAGCGGUGUUCUCAGCAGAUUCUUGAGGCGUAAACUCAGUUGGAGUGAGUUGGAAACCAAUGUUGAAGGUGACGAUCUGUUAGAGUUAUUUGAUUGGCUGUCCAAAGUGUGGUACCAUCUGAAUGAAAUUCUGGAAGACUUUUGUGAUUCCGACGCUACAUUAGGUCCUUCGUUGUUUUACUCGUGUCCAAUGGACUUUAAAGUUGCAGAGGGUUGGUUCGUGAAUGUGUGGAACUAUAAUGUGAUCCCAUAUCUACAUCAGACUCUUCGGAGUGGAAGGAAGAUCUUUGAUCGAUGUGUCAGUUGGGAGGACCCAACGAAGUGGGUGGUUCUUAGAUACCCAUGGAAUAAGGACCAUAGCAGGGUCUUUCACACGCUUCGUAAACUACGCCAAGUAGAUGUGGUCCUCAAUAGGAACCAACUCGGUUCAGAUAAUGUUACUUUUGCUGAGUGCAUCGAAGACAAUGAGAAAAUUCUUCGCGCCCAUUCCAGUGUGUCAAAAAGAGUUCGCACUGUUGUUCAGGAAAAAAUUCCGAAGGGAGAACUUAAAACAAAGCGAAGAACCGCUGAACGGAGAGGUAGUCACGGAGAAGAUAACGAUAGAGAAUCUUCGUAUUCAGAAUCUGACAGCUAUAUGGAAACUAGCAUUUGAGACAAAAGAAAUUCCAUGCAUUGUUUACUUACGACGUUAUCGCUUUGGUCCCUUUUGUAUCAAAACGACGACACCUUUGUCAUAAGACUUGAACAUUUCCCUUUGGCCAACAAGUGUCUCAGAAUUGCUUUUAACUACCAAGCGUACACAGACAACUUGGGAUACGUAAGUUGUCCAAGACAGUAGUCGCUAGUCGCUUUGGAUUCUUGCGAUCCUUGGGGUAUUUAUUCUUUUUUGGUUAAAUGAUACCCCCUCCCUCCCUCCCUCCCUCCUCUCCCUCCCCCCCCCAAUAAAACCUGUGUGUGGUUUUUUACAUUAGAUCAAAAAAAGUUUCAGAAAAUCAAACUGACUAUUUUAUUACGUAUAUACGAAAAAACGUGCUAUUUUAUUAAUAACCUGUUAAUAGGAUAGUUAAACAACAUUUAACUGAACAAACCAUAUAACUUAAGUAAACCAGUUUUAAGAUUUUUGCACACUUUUACCGAAGAAGAGUUUGUAAUCGUCAUUAAUUUUAGAUGUGAUUUUUCCAAGGUAUUCAUUUUGCCAAUUCUGAAUAUUAAUCGGUUAUCUUAGUUAACGCAAGGUCUUGUAAAAAGUAAGCAACAGGCCAUUUGGAAAAUUGACAAUUUUGGUCAUUUAAACACCAAUUCGUAUAAUAACCUUACCAUUUAUGCAUGUAACAAAAUGUUACUUUGUAAACCGCCAGGUGGAAAGUAUUUUUGAAUUUACCAAGGUUAACUUUGUCCUGUAAUUCAAGCAUCUUCAUCACGCAUUUCAUAUGCUAACAUGGAACUGUAUACUUCACCGUUUUAAUCCUUUUAACCCUAAGAGUGACCAGCAUCUAGUUUCUCCUUACGGUAUUGAUGCUGAAUCGUUCAAUUAAGGUCAUGAGAAUAAAGGAAGUGAUUGACAACCUAA